AUGGUCGUCAACGCCUCUAUCAUCUUCAACGAGGUGCCGCACGGUGCCCCUGUCCCCGGCAAGACGCUCAAGCGCGUCGAGGAGGAGCUCGACGUCGCUACCGUCGACCUGGAGGGCGGUCUACUCGUCAAGAUGAAGGCCGUAUCCCUCGAUCCGUACCUCCGUGGCCGCAUGAGGGCGUCCAGUAAGGCCAGCUACAACCAGGCGUUCGCGCUCGGCAAGGUCAUCGACACUCUUGGAGUCGGCAUCGUCGAACGGUCCGACCACCCCGACUUUCCCAAGGGCGCCAUCCUCAAGGGCCUUCUCCCCUACAGCGAGUACGCCCUCCUUUCCAAGGCUCGACUCGACAUGAAGCUCGCCAAGGUGGUCGAGAAGCCCGACGGGAUCGCUUGGACGACGAUGGUCGGCGCGUGCGGGAUGCCCUCGGCCACCGCAUGGAUCGGCCUGUACGAGAUCGGCAGGAUCAAGAAGGGCGACACCAUCUUCAUCUCGGCGGCCUCGGGCGCUGUCGGCCAGAUCGCCGGUCAGCUCGCCAAGCGUGAGGGUCUCACGGUCAUCGGCUCGGCUGGGUCCGACGAGAAGGUCGCGUUCCUCAAGGAGAUCGGCUACGACCACGCCUUCAACUACAAGACGACGUCGACCCAGGACUUCCUCGAGCAGCACCCGCCGUCGGUCGUCUUCGAGAACGUCGGCGGCGAGACGCUCGACGCUGUCCUCGCGACGAUCCAGAACAACGGCCGCAUCAUCCACUGCGGCUCCGUCUCUCAGUACAACCUCCCGCCCGACCAGCAGUACGGCCUCAAGAACACGUCGAACGUCGUCACCAAGCGCCUCAGGUGGGAGGGCUUCAUCGUCUCGAACCACGACUGGACCGAGUUCGACAAGACGAUGCCCAAGCUCGUCGCCAACGGCGAGAUCAAGUUCAAGGAGCACGUCACCAAGGGCAUCGACAACGGCGAGGCCUUCCUCGACAUGCUCGAGGGCCGCAACUUUGGCAAGGCCGUCGUCUCGCUCGAGUAGAUCCUCCUCGCGCACGACCCUCUCUUCUUCUCGAUCCAGUGAAACCCGAAGCGCAGUGCAUUUCCUCCUC